CUCUCUAUCUCUCCAAUUUCUUUCUCACUCUAAUUUCUAAAUUCUCUUACCAUAUAAAUACAAAGCCUUCACAACUACACUCUUUAUACAUUUUCUCUCGAGAGCAGAAACAGAGUCACCGGAAAACUCAUCUCCGGCGACAAGAAAAACUCAAAAAGUUUAUAUAUUUAGAUUCUGGUGACUCUCUGCUCUAAUGGGUCAAUCUCAAGUUUCUCUCUUUCUUCUUCUAAUUCUUGUUUUAAUCUAUGGAGUUUCUUCCACCACUUUCACCAUCGUUAACCAGUGCAGCUACACCGUCUGGCCUGGACUUCUCUCCGGCGCCGGAACCUCUCCUUUACCAACAACCGGAUUCUCCUUAAACCCGACCGAGACACGCGUUAUCCCAAUCCCCGCCGCUUGGUCCGGCCGUAUAUGGGGUCGUACUCUCUGCACACAAGACGCAACCACCGGAAAAUUCACUUGCAUCACCGGAGACUGUGGUUCUUCCACCGUAGAAUGCUCCGGAUCCGGGGCUGCACCUCCUGCGACACUCGCUGAAUUCACCCUGAACGGAGCCAAUGGCCUCGAUUUCUAUGACGUCAGUCUCGUCGACGGUUACAACAUCCCGAUGACCAUCGUCCCUCAGGGUGGAGGAGAUGCUGGAGGCGUGGCCGGGAACUGCACGACCACCGGCUGCGUUGCGGAGCUCAACGGUCCUUGUCCUGCUCAGCUGAAAGUGGCGACGACGGGAACUGAAGGAGUAGCUUGCAAAAGCGCGUGUGAGGCGUUUGGGACGCCGGAGUAUUGCUGUAGCGGUGCGUUUGGAACGCCGGACACGUGUAAGCCGAGCGAGUACUCGCAGUUCUUCAAAAACGCGUGUCCGAGAGCUUAUAGUUACGCUUACGACGACGGAACAAGUACCUUCACUUGUGGCGGAGCUGAUUACGUCAUCACUUUCUGUCCUUCUCCUAACCCAAGUGUGAAGAGUGCAACGAAGGGACUCCAACCCGAAGCUGUUAGCUACUCUACGGCAUCUCCAAACGCGUCGCCAACUCUCUCUGCCGUGUUUUCGAUUGGCGUUUUGGCUGUCGUCGCGUCUUGGGCGAUGCAACUUGUUUGGUGAUCCCUGUACGGCGACGUUUUGAUUUUUUUAAUAACAUCCAUCAUUCGAGACUUUCUUCACCAAGAGAAAGAAAUGAUCAUUGAAGAAAAACAAUGAUAAUUUGAUUAGUUUAGUCGAGGAGUGAAUUAUUUCGAGGUGAUAAUUUGUAGAAGAACAACUUAUUUUAGAUUUGAUUAGUUAUAGUACUAGUUUCUACGUAAUUUUUUUAGACAAAUGUUCUGUCUUUAUGGUGUCUGUAAGCAGGUCCGGCCCUGUUAUAUUAGAGGCCCAAUACAAGGCAAAAAAAAAUUUAGAU